CGGGCCGGUUCCCUGCCGGACGGAAAAGAAGAACGCACUGAGUGUCGCGUCGCGACGGUCCCAGGCUUCGGUCCCCAGCUCCCGCGACAUGGCCUUCAAUUUUGGGACUCCCUCGGGUACCUCGGGCACCGCUGCAGCCACCGCAGCACCCGCGGGUGGGUUUGGAGGAUUUGGGACAACAUCUACAACUGCAGGUUCUGCAUUCAGCUUUUCUGCCCCAGCUAACACAGGCACUACUGGACUCUUCGGUGGUACUCAGAACAAGGGUUUUGGAUUCGGUACCGGUUUUGGCACCACAGCGGGAACUGGUACUGGUUUAGGUACUGGUUUGGGAACUGGACUGGGAUUUGGAGGAUUUAAUACACAGCAGCAGCAACAGCAGCAGCAGCAACAGUCUACAUUAGGUGGUCUCUUCAGUCAGCCUACACAAGCUCCUACCCAGUCCAACCAGCUGAUAAAUACUGCAAGUGCUCUUUCUGCUCCAACACUAUUGGGAGAUGAGAGAGAUGCUAUUUUAGCAAAAUGGAAUCAACUGCAGGCUUUCUGGGGAACAGGAAAAGGAUAUUUCAACAAUAAUAUUCCACCAGUGGAAUUCACACAAGAAAAUCCUUUUUGCCGGUUUAAGGCUGUAGGUUAUAGUUGUAUGCCUAAUAACAAAGAUGAAGAUGGGUUAGUGGUUUUAGUUUUCAACAAAAAAGAAACAGAUAUUCGAAGCCAGCAACAGCAGUUGGUCGAGUCGUUACAUAAAGUUUUGGGAGGAAACCAGACCCUUGCUGUAAAUGUAGAGGGUAUUAAAACAUUGCCAGAUGAUCAGACAGAAGUUGUCAUUUAUGUUGUUGAGCGUUCUCCAAAUGGUACUUCAAGAAGAGUUCCGGCUACAACACUGUAUGCCCAUUUUGAACAAGCCAGUAUAAAAACACAACUGCAGCAACUUGGCGUAACCCUCUCUAUGACUAGAACAGAACUUUCUCCUGCACAGAUCAAGCAACUUUUACAGAAUCCUCCUGCUGGUGUUGAUCCUAUUAUUUGGGAACAAGCCAAGGUGGAUAACCCUGAUUCUGAAAAGUUAGUUCCUGUCCCCAUGGUGGGUUUUAAAGAACUUCUUCGAAGACUGAAGGUUCAAGAUCAGAUGACUAAACAGCAUCAGACCAGAUUAGAUAUCAUAUCUGAAGAUAUUAGUGAGCUACAAAAGAAUCAGACGACAAGUAUGGCCAAAAUCGCACAGUAUAAGAGGAAACUCAUGGAUCUUUCCCAUAGAACCUUACAGGUCCUAAUCAAACAGGAAAUUCAAAGGAAGAGUGGUUAUGCCAUCCAAGCUGAUGAAGAGCAGUUGAGGGUUCAGCUAGAUACAAUUCAGUCUGAACUAAAUGCACCUACUCAGUUCAAGGGCCGACUAAAUGAACUGAUGUCCCAAAUCAGGAUGCAGAACCACUUUGGAGCAGUCAGAUCUGAGGAAAGAUAUUACAUAGAUGCAGAUCUGUUACGAGAAAUCAAGCAGCAUUUGAAACAACAACAGGAAGGCCUUAGUCACUUGAUUAGCAUUAUAAAAGAUGACCUAGAAGACAUAAAGUUGGUAGAACAUGGAUUGAAUGAAACCAUCCACAUCAGAGGUGGUGUCUUUAGUUGACAGUUUACGAACGUGUGUUAGAAGUUUGUGAAACGCAUCCUCUUACUGCAUCAGGCCUUCCUCAAGAACGAAUCCGACCACAUGGAGAAAAAUAAAGAAAAUGACCCUCUCUUGGCUUGGAGUUUUGAGGAGAUUACUGAGAAAUUACUCUUCGCUGAAUCUGAAAUAAACUAAUCACAUCUCUUCAAAAAUAACCUUCAAAAGAUUUACAUCUAAAAAGCUGCAUAUACUUUAAAAAGAGGGAAGAACAUAAUUAACAUUUUUACAACAGCAUUUUCUUAAACAUCACAGUAAUUAUUAAUUUCCAUUCUUUCUAUGGCAAGUAAAUAUGAAAUAUGUACUUUGCAUAUAAGUAUAAUUACUUGGCUGUUGAAAAUUUGAGAUUCAGAAUGUAAAUGGACUUCAUCAGUUUUUAUAUAUGUGAAUUUAAGUUGGGAGGAGUAAAGAAAAUCCAACAGUA